AUGCUCAACAUAGUGCUUCUCAUUGCCUGCGUCUGUACUGUCAUCUUGCUGCUCUUGUAUCUAUUCUACUGGAACCGUGUGGUAGCCUUGAUCAUCAGUGUCAUUCUCCGCGUAGCUUUCUGGAAUCAAGCAGAGUCGAGCAUAUGGCUGGACAUUGGCUCUAUCCAGUUCUCUGUGAUAGCUGGGAGGAUAGCGUUCAAGAACCUGCGUUACUAUUCGAGCAACCAGACCAUUCGAGUUGUCAAGGGUCAAAUUAGCUGGAGAUACUGGCUUCGGAGGCCGGCCGAAGAGGAUGACCUGAGCCAUGCACAUGUACUUGGAGAGGACCCCAAGCAAACCGUGCACUUGCCGCUCUCCUGCCGAGUCCAUGUAUCGCUUCAGGGAUUUGAAUGUUUCGUCUAUAACCGCACAGCUGCAUAUGAGAACAUUCUGUCCCAAAUGGCGGACGACCUACCUCCAACCCCUGCGCCUACGCCGGCUGCACCGAGCGUCAGCAUGGAUGCACGCGGUGCCCUGCGCAAGAUGUUCAGCAGGACCUCAACUGCAGCUGAACGUGGCGCCGGACCUUCACUUUCUCUGGCUUCCUCGCUAUACUUGAAGGCACCGAGUCAUAUCAAACGUCUGGUGUCCUGGAUCAGGCUCCAACUUCCCAACUUCGACCCGAAGAACUUGUUGCCCAUGGGUGUCGAGGUGUCGAAGGGCGCCAUCAUCUGCGGCAACGCAUCCACCCCAAACCUGCUCAUCGCCGAAUUCAGCCAGACCGAAGGGACAUACGGUAUCGUCCAGGCCAGGUCCAAGUGCGACCUAUACAAGCAGUUGUUGAACCUCAAGUUCCAGAACGCCUCUGUGCACUACUUCGAGAACGCCGAUUUCGAUGCUCACAUGGGCGACGUCGGUCGAAGACUUCGCGAACACAUCGAGUCUUCCGGGGACGUUUACAUCAAGCACACUGGCUUUCUCACUUAUCCGUAUUAUCACAAGCUCUGGACACGCUUGAAGCUCUGGUCUGUAGAGUCAAGGCCCCAUGCUCGCGCUCGCUCGUUCGUGCGCCGCUUGUUCGGCCGGUCAGUCCCGGUCCCUCACCCUCCCACAUCGUGGGCGUGGUGGAGAGCGCAAAAGACGCCUGACGACGAGACGCCCAUUGGGAUCGACUUCUCCAAACUGGAAUACGCCAUUGAGCGCAAGAUUCUGGAGGCGCCCGUCCUAGAGCUCCUGUACUAUGCCGACGUCGUAGGUAUUGUCCCUGCCGAGCCUCCCCAGCAGCCGGCGGACCCUGACAGUUUGGACCCGUUCGACAUCGGCAACGGCGACCUUCCGCCUGAAUGGGGUAUUGACUUCGUGGUGAAGGGUGGGUUUCUGCGGUAUGGUCCUUGGGCGGACCGUCAAAGGUCCAUACUUCAAAGUUGUUUCUUUCCUUCGACGUAUCACGAUGCAGAGCCCGCCAUUCGUUUGAGGCCCGGAGAUACGCGGACAUGGACUGGCUUGAAGAUAUUCAUAGAAUUGCGGGACGGGGUCACAUUGCAUAUACCAUUGCGCGAGGCUUCCAAGGCAAACCCAAUUGACUGGCAAUGGGAUGGCAAGGUGGACGUACCGGAUCGGCCACGGAAGAGAGAGGCCGCUUUCAUUCAUGUUAAGGCCGGAGACAGCUCCACUAUAAGCUAUAUCAUGCCGAUGGUGGCCAGUGCGACGGGCUACCACCCACUUUUGGAAGUGCAUCUUGACACCUUGACCGUCACGUCCAGCCUGAAUGAUAUGCGGCUCCUAAUGGCGCAGUCUUGUCGAGUUCGCUGCCAACUACCCACACCGCUGAAGUGGAAUGGAGAGCGGACGUGGACAUUUUCAGUAUUACUACGGCGUGCACAACUCUACCUUCUGAGGGACCACAUCAAUAUGCUUACUGACCUUGGCCGGGAUUGGAGCUCGGGACCCCCCAGUGACUACCACCGUUUCAUUCCUAUGCACUACGUAGUGGAACUGGACUUGCAUGACUACGAGGUAAACACCUACGUGAACGAUCAUAACAUCAUCGACAAGCCGCUCAUCAAGGAGGACAAUGCGAUCCUCGCCUUGCAUGGAAUGCGCCUGAGCUCGGUCGUCCAGAUACCUCUAGUUUGGUACCGCCCGGAAACUACGACAGUGUCGUUUCGGUUAGAAAUACCAGACGCUUCAGUGCGGUUGACGCUUCCCCGCUGGAACACCUACUCCUUGUAUCCCUCACCUGAUCGUACCAACGUCGGACGAAUCGGGUUCCUCACCCUCGAUGGAUCUUACCGAUAUCACGCGGAUGUGCGCGAGUACAAUGUGGACCAACUCAAGUUAGACUUUGCGGCUCGUAACAUAGUCUACAAGGCGUUUGGAUGGAAUAUCCGACACUUCCUGAUUUUGCGCGAGAACUACUUCGGCUCUUUCACACAUUUCUGUACACUCUCAGAAUAUCUCGAGAAGAGGAGGAAGGACCAACCCAUCACUGACCCGAUCGAACUUCAAUACCGACCGGGAAAGUCGAACUCUAUGGAGGUCGAGGUCGGCCUCUAUGUUGACAGCGGUUUGCUAGUCCUUCCCGCAGGCCUUCCGGGGUUCGAACAGUACAGUCAAGCCGAGAUGCUUCACGCAAAGGCAGAAGACUUGGGUUCAUGUCUCUUCCUCAACUGUCCUAUUCUGCAGCUACAGUUACGAACGAAUGACUACUUCAUGGGUGCGGACCCAAGCCGAUCUUCUUUUCCCCAGACCCUUACCGUCCGUCCAGAAAUGUCCUUGAACGUGGAUACCAUAUCAGGCCAUCUUGAAGACCAUUGCUCAGAUCAGACUCUGUUCAGUCGUGUUGGUGAACGUGACGCAUCCAAUGGAUUGAUCAUUCUGGAUGCCGAGGACCGCGACUUACGUUUGCAUAUGGGAGAUACACGCAGGUUCGUUGAAGGCGUCCCUUCGGCACACCAAGCGCGACUGCUGGGGGCCGUCGGAAGUUCUCUUGGAAUGAACUUCUCCGACAUCCUCAAUGCUCCAGCGAAGGAAUUUGGGCUGCCCGUCGACCCAGAUGUCACUUUCCUCAAGGCUAGCCUAGGAUCAGCUUUCUUGGUAUGGCUUGCCGGCGACGGCGCCAUAGAGAUAGCAUUUCCCGAUGGCUUGCGGUUCGACAGCAAUGACUUGGCUGGUGGAUCGUACAUGAAAGUCAUGAGCAUCCGCGUUCCAACGGGUCUUACCUUCGAUGUCAAUCUGGAUGUGUACUCCGCGCCACCCGGAUGGCAGAAGAAAGCGCAGGAUCAGACCUCAUUCGUGAACACUCAAGAUGGCCUCACCGGCCGAGCGAAUUGUCUUUAUUCUCACGCGGCUUCACACUCUUCGAGAGAUAUAUUGCCCUCUGGCCGUGGACUCCUCGAUAGUGACAUCUACUUACCUCAGCUGAGGGUUCCCCACUACCGUGUCCGAGAAAGGGUCCCCGAGUCAAAGAAACAACCGCUGAUGACGAACUCUGGUCCCCGGAGGAUACCGCCUGGGGCUCAGUCGACAAGCCAAUUUUCCGAAUCGGAAGGUGACGAAGGGCUCUCUGAAGCGAUGCGAGAUGCACGCUUAGCUAACUCGCGUCUGCCGGGCUCACUGAGGAACAAUGGACAGAGUACGGAGGAAGACAGCAUGCAGAGCGGUGAUGAAUCUGACAACGAAGACCUGACGGAAUCAAUUGACUGGGACAGUGAAGAGUCGGCUGGGUCGAAUCUCGGCACCGAAAAGCCAAUGGUCUCUCAAUACCGAGAGUUGGUCAGCCAUUAUAAAGCAUCACUGCUUCGUCAACCUGCAACGUGGGACUCGACACCGUACAAUCUCUACCAGAAGCCGCGGAUGUCUUGGAAGCAGCAUGCAGACAAUAGCUCCCGCAAGUCAUACAAAUUCAUUCGCGGGGAGAUGCCAUACAUCGCGCCGUCGGAAAAUCAAGUCGACACGACUGUCCUACGAUUGUCUUCUUCGCGGGGCAUUGACAUUUGGAUCACUCCUCUCGUUGUUCAAGUCUUCGACAGCCUACUCAAUGAUCUAAGUCUCAAUCAAUUAACUCCUGAGCUCCGCUUUGACGCCAUUAUGAGCGACUAUGUACGCUCCUCCAUACCAGUCCCUCGAUCAAUCCGCAGAAGAGUCGUUCUCGACGCACAAAUCCGUAGCCUCACCAUGGCAUGUGGGGUGUUGAUUACGAAGGACACGGAAAACUUUAGUGCUGCUCGGGGAGAGUGUACCGCCGAAGAAGGUUACAACCGGUCGGACAACUGCACUGCGUUGCAUCUGUCAUUGGAGAAUGGCACCUUGGGCUGGACGGGAAUCGAACACUCGGAUGUCGAUUCUGACAGUGCAUUCACUACUUCAUUCAAACAACUGUCUGUGGCCUUUGGUGGCGCGGGAGGGCAGGACAAGAGACUUGGCCGUCGAGGUUCUAGUCUGUCCCCAGUCGCAAUCGGUGCGACGAUCGCAUCAAGCACGGCCUCGGUCAUCCAGAAAGAGGCUUCGCUCUACCUUGGAGCUCUCGACGUCACCACGGAGGAUCAUGCACUCGGCCUUGUUAAGUCCUUCGUCACGUCCUCCCUCGAGUGGAUUGAAAAGGCCUUGGAUUCCCGACGGAGAUAUCAGGUCUAUAAUGCGACCGCCGUGGACCGACAGGUCAUAUAUCAGGUCGUCAAGUACUCUCGCCAACGAACAGUCGUUGAUCCCCUGUCGACAAUUCAACCAUCCUACCUUGUUCAGAAAGGCCAGCCUGAUCAAUUACGUCGCAGCAGCUGCUUCAAGUUUCUCGUCUACCUGCGAAACUGUCUCAGGUCCUUAGAAGCCAAGGAACGGCAUGGGGUCCUGGAGAUGCCAACCAACACGAAUACGGAUAUCGCCUUACGAGACCUUUACUUAUUGCUCGAAAACCAAGACUUCAGCCAGCCUGUGGACGAAGACACGUCUGGUUUACCCAAACACGCUUUCAUGCAGAAGCUAUUCCAUAAUCCCGAUGCGCAGACCCGUCAAGAUCCGAGGAACUCAUUUGCGAUCCCUAUGUCAGGCUCGUUGCGCUUGGAGUCGAUCUCUGUGACUGUCAGUCACGGCGCAGACCGUGGCGGCAGUACGUUUAUUUCCGGACCUCUCAGCGUGUGUACCCAGGUCAAAUCGAACAACUUCCUACCUGCCCCGCAUGUAACUUCUGGCAAGAGUUACGGCAAUCUGGCUCUCACGGAUAAGCAGGGCAGGCAGCUUCUCCACAUCACCCUGUCGAUCAACCUGCAUAAAGUGGACAUCAGGAUCUUGCCACAGAUGGUCGUCCUUGUUGAACAACUCGCGCGUCUGCCAAAUAUGGCCUCGAAGUCCAGUCCUUCCGUAGAUGCCGCACACCCUUCUUGUACGCCCAGUUCACCGAUGGCAAGGUUGUUGUCUGGCGCGUACAUCGACGUGGCAUUCUCCGUUCAUUCGGCAAGUUCCACAGCAACUGCCGAACGCCUCUCCAUCGACUUCGGCAUUUCUCGUCUCGGAUAUACCGCCACUGCUCUCAGUAAACCCCUCGCCGAGCCAUCCGCUGUUGUCGAGUAUCAGUAUUCCAUGAACCAUUCACUACUGGUCGGGGAGACGACGCUGCGGCUUCGCUCUCAUGACCAGGCAGUUUCUUCCAAUGGCGGCGUGGCUCUGGCGUCCUUCGAGGUGCACCGAAGCAAGUUCAAUGUCUCCUUGCUGAAAGAAUCACAACAAUGCCUUGUCUUGCGAUUGGUCGCUGGUGUAGAUAGCGUGGGCCUCACGAUUCCCCGGAGCGCCCUAAACCUUUACCGCUCUGUCGAUGACUGGAAGGCUACAUACCUUUCUGACGUCCCAGUCGCGCGGCACCCGUCGACUCCACCUCCAAAUCCGACGCGAUACACAACUGGAGAAACAGAGAAAAGUGGGGCACUACGCUUCUCCAUGCACGUAGCUUGUGCAAACGCGGGAGUGACAUUACAAAUCGCGCGUGGCACUUGGUUCUCUUGGGAGGUGAAGGAAACAGUCUUGAAUCUGGCUACAUCGGAAAGCACGGCCCAGACGCUUCCCCUGUCAUUUGGUUUGCAAGCAGGGCCCCAUGUCAUCGGAAUUUCUACUCAAGCACGAGCGAAGGCCACUGGAGACAAGGCCAGCGAACAAGCCCCCCGCUUCGGAUACAUCUGCGCGGAAAAUAUCAAGCUCAGCGGUUCCUUCCGGAUGAAGGGGUUCCGUAUUGGUGUCGAGGGCCAUUCUUCCACUGUGUUCCUGGAAUGCGAUGAUAUCAGUGGCAGCAUGGAGAAUCAGGACGACUUGGGCUGGCAAAUUCGACUGUCAGACUUAUCUUUAUCGCUGGCUUCGAGAUCGAGCUCCCGGUCAGCAUUGGAUCGUGGUCACCGCUCAGCCUUCGUCACAAUUGAUUUCGAAGUCAACAUGACGGGUGUUGCACUCUCCAGUAAACAUACCCUAGAAAUGACCGCGACCAAAUUCCACGCCGUGAUGCAGCCGACUUCCGUCGGGGAACUGAGUGACUUCGUCGAUCACUUGCAGGCUGAAGUCCUGGUGCGACAAGCGGAUCGUGCGAACGAGUUGGCUCAAUUCAAGGAGAAAACAAAGAAUAUCAUGAAAUCAUUCGACGUGAAGUCGGGAGACGCGAACAAUCUGCAGACAUCUUGGCUAGAACAGUACAACUUAUACCUGACUAUGCGGCAUAUUGGAGUCGCAUUUCCUCUGGCAGUGUUUCCUGAUCUUCAGAUGUCCCGCACUGGUAGUCGAGAUGAUGCAACCGCUGUUCGUGCAUUUCUGUUCUCCGUCAAGUCCUUGGCCUUUGGUGCGGAGCGUGGGGAAAGUGGGCAGGCGACUGUGAAGGGGUUCUCAUUCCAGUUCAUCUCGAGGUUCCGGCAGUCUGUUGCUGCAGACUUCGGAGGCGACAGCCAUUACACGCAGAACAGAAUGCUCUAUCCGGAAAUGACCGCCCAGGUGCGGUCCGAGCGAACCGCUGGGGCGCGUCGCGUACGCAUCGCUGCGAACGUCGAUGGCUUCAUACUCGACCUCGAUCCUUCGAUCCCCCAUUACGUCUUCUCCUUAGUGGACGUCUAUCGUCAAGGGCGAGAGCGAAUGGACCAACUCGCUAGUAACAUUACUUGGUCCGGUGAUAAGGCAAACGCGGACAAGCAGGCCACUCCAACGACCGAAGGCACUCGUAAUGACUCUCUUCCUAGCUCCAACAUGCUUUCGUCGAUCAAGUUUGCCAGUGGAAAAGUCCGCAUGCACAGCACCUCGUUGAACGAGACCUCUGUCAGAGGUCGUACAGUCUCUGGCCUCGCUGAUCGAUUGGAUGAGUACGGCCCGGAGAUAGGCGUGGAAACUUUUGACUUACCCGUCGUCACGGUCUGGGGGGAGUAUCGAGCAGGUACCGCGCCGAGGAGAAUGUGCUCUAACAAGCAGAGGGUUGUUCCAUCCAUCCUCAUGUUUAAGGCCACUAUCCAUUCGAGCCAAAACACGCUACGUCCCACACUGCUUCCCUUCGUGACCAAGAUUGUAUCCCACGUCGAAACACGCCUACGACAAUCCAGUCGGCCCCUUUCUCAAUUCCCUCCCACCGCCGUCCAGCACGUGGUUCUCGAAUCGCCUGUCGGCGCAGAGAAGAUCCUUGACCCCUGGAUCCGACUGGAGCUCAGCUGUCAACCUGACGUCAACGUCCUCGCGGGGCUUCACUGGGACAGUGGCGGCUUCAUUGUGAACAUCUCUCCUGGUUUCCGCCGCGUCAGUUUCACGGGAAGUGUCGCCGGGCUCACAGUUGGGCUGAAACACGGCUUCCUCAGCGAGGACUGUGUCAGGUUGGAUGCCCGGAACCUGGCCUUCAAUGUAACUUUCGCCAAGACGGUUGUAGACUGUGACAAAGUCAUCAGUUCCAUAUCCGUGGUAGUUGACACCGAAUUCUCUGGUGCGGUGCGGUUCUCCAGACUACAAGACGUGCUUUGCUUCAAGGCCGUAUGGCUAGACCGUAUUCCCGUCCUCAGUGGACCUGUUGCAACUCCAGCAACUCCUCAACCACAUACAGCACAUACCGCAUCACGUUCCCCAGCAGCCAGUCAAGAACUUACCACAGCCAUACUGCUUCGCUUCCGCAGUGUCAAUUUGGAUGCAGACCUCGGACAAUCCAUCAGCUAUGUCAAACUCCGCAUCGAUAAUAUGCUCAUUCGCAGCAAACUUAGCGACGACGUAUCGGAGCUGACACUAGCGAUAGCUCAGUUCGCAGUGUUGGCUUCUGGAAACGUUUCUGGACAAGCUACGGUGCCGAACUUCGAGUUCCACACCAUUCGUCACGGAGAGGGCAAGAACGGAGGACUCUGGGUGAAACUGAUACAGUACAGAGCUGAACCCGUGGAGGUCAAGAUCUUCGACGACUGGUCGAUGAUUACUGAUCAAGUACCUUCGGGGCAGAGACAUGUCGAUGUGGCAUUCACAGUGUCUGGAACAGAAGUGAUCAUCGUUAUGAACGUCGGGACGAUCCCGAAGCUGGUGUCGUACGCAGACAAGUUCAAGCUCACUCUCGAUAACCAGCGAGAAGGCGCAAGCAAGGAGUCCAAGGCGUUCAGGAUUGCCAGUUCGCCGAGGCCCGACAACCCGCUAUCGGCUGUUGCUAAUGCCAUGUUGAAGUCCACGCGAAGCCGCCUGAGGGAGGAGACAGGUGUCAACUACAAGAUCAGACAACGGAUGAGCCUCAGGCUGGAUGUCCUGCGUUUGGUCGUCUUUCCGCGUUCCAUGCGCGAUUCCGAGUUGGCUCAAUUCAUAGGCCGCGACGUCCAUGCGCGGCUCGAUCAAUUGUCUUUCUCUUCCAUUUCGACAUCUCGAGUCAGCCAGCUGAACCACGCCUUGCUUGCUAAGGAGACCGUGGACGAUAGCAAGAAAUGGCUCUCGGCACUCAUGAAGGACGCUCCGGAGGCUACGAUAUUCGGGCUGCCCUCUAUGGACAUGCGCAUGAGCAGCGAAGAGGAUAUCAUAGACGACAGGCGGACCCUCGUUUACGACUUCAGCAGCAGAUUCACGGUGAAGGAAGGAGCAAGAAAUCGCGAAGACAUCUACAUCACCCUCAACAUGUCGCUGUACACAUGGCUGACAUCGCUUCGCAAAGCGUUCACAAGGGAGAUGCAGCAGGUGCAAGCCUCUGGGGACGCUCGCGGAGGCCCAGUCGCGAUCGUACAACAAGCUGCAUCUUCUCGCAAACGGGCCGCUGAGUCUGCUGUAGCCGCCAUGCGCGCAGACAAGGAAGUCGACGAACAAAUAGCUGGGCAAGAACGACCGCACUUGGGCCGUGCUGCCACUUUGGCUAUAAGCCCUAGCAGAGCGGCUACUUCGCCUGUUUCACCGAACUUUUCGAUUCCUAGCCCCGCUUCUCUGCGCCUCACUUCGCCGACCAGCCACGGGUUUGACCCUGCGUCCCUAGCAAUGCCUCCGACUCCGGGCAAACUCGGUCUCAAAUACGAACCCCGAGAGCGUCACAUCGAACGUCUCACGAUGAGACAGCUUGGAGAGGCCACCCCAGACGUCAUGCAUCCCUUCUUCAUGAAGAAAGCCGGGUUCAGUCUCGAGGACUCCUUGCCGCAAUACGUUCACGAGUAUGCCACAAUGCCGACGGAGGAAAUCAUGAAGCAUUGCUGA